GAUAUCCGCAAUCGAGAACGACCCUUUACGCGCCCGACGACACCCCUCUCAUGCCGCCCGGCCUGCCGUUGCCCCAUCGUCAAGUUCCUGGCGAAAGAUAGUAAACCAACAACAGCGCCACCCCGUUACCAACAAGACAGCUCCGACGUCUUUGACCCACUACCUCGCGUCGCCGCCAGCAUUCUCCGUUCGAACACAUAGCCAAGAUGAUGCAGAAUCCCCAUGUCUACGGCCACCACCAGUACCCCCAGGCCGACUCUGCCUGGCUUCACCAGCAGACCUCGCACCAUCAGCACGCCCAGGCUGCCGCCGCCGCCGCCAAUGUUGCCCAGCAGCAGCACUACAACCGCAUGGCCGGCGCACAUAACAAUGUGAAUACCCUCGCCGCCGCCACCCAUGCGCAGGAUAAUGCCAUUGAGCCGGUGGUCUCGGACGACAACCGCCGUACACUGCAGUAUAUUGCCGAUCUGCUGAAUGAGAAUACCAGGGAGGCCGCGCUCCUGGAGCUCAGCAAGAAGCGAGAGCAGGUUCCCGAACUGGCCCUGAUCCUCUGGCACUCGUUCGGAGUUAUGACUUCUCUCCUCCAGGAGAUCAUCAGUGUCUAUACACUCCUCAAUCCCUCUCAGCUCACCGCUGCCGCCUCCAACAGGGUCUGCAAUGCUCUCGCCCUUCUUCAGUGCGUGGCGUCUCACAACGAGACGCGUACUCUCUUCCUCAACGCGCACAUCCCACUCUUCCUCUACCCGUUCCUUAACACGACGUCUAAGUCGCGUCCGUUUGAAUACCUCCGGCUUACUUCGCUGGGAGUCAUCGGUGCGCUUGUCAAGAACGAUUCCACCGAGGUCAUCAACUUUCUCCUUACGACCGAGAUCAUUCCCCUCUGCCUGAGGAUCAUGGAGACCGGGUCGGAGCUCAGCAAGACGGUUGCCAUCUUCAUCGUCCAGAAGAUCUUGCUUGAUGACAACGGUCUUAACUAUAUCUGUGCCACUUAUGAGCGCUUCUAUGCUGUGGGUACCGUCCUCAGCAACAUGGUUGCUCAGCUGGUAGAGCAGCAAACGGCUAGGCUCCUCAAACAUGUUGUUAGGUGCUUCUUGAGACUUAGCGACAAUGCUCGUGCCCGCGAGGCCCUCCGCCAGUGCCUGCCUGAGCCCCUUCGCGACGCCACCUUCUCUUCGGUUCUGCGCGACGACGCCGCCACUAAGCGUUGCCUGGCGCAGCUCCUCAUCAACCUCUCCGAUAAUGUAGUCGAACCCAGCACCAGCGGUCUUGGAAUUUAAACCACCCCUUGCGAUUUGGUCAUUUUGCCACUUUGGACGCUCGGCUUUACAGCAAAUCAUGGCAAAGGAACAAACUGCUAACUCGAGACUUUUUUCCGUUUGGUUAUAGGGUGAGAAGUGGAUUGAACGCUACUACAAGUAGGGAAAAAAGGUUUAGGGGCUGGGGCCACCGGUUAUGGUUGAUCGAAUGGCCUGGAACUUAACCCCUAUUAGCAGCGCAAAGCCAUACCCAGGACCACCAAAGCUAUUCGACAACCAGAAGGGUCCUAUGGCUACACAUCAGCAUGUCAGAGUAUACGAUCAGCAGUCGAUAUCCAUUGACGCAAUGAGCGAAUCCCAAGAGGACCGAGGACAGUCAGCAUAGUGGAGGAAUCAGGGAUCGAAGAUGAUGAAGGAGUCAGCGGAGGAGGAUGAGAGG